ACUGUCAGUUACAAUUGACACUUGCUUGACACAGCCACACGUGUUGUUGGUUUGUGAAUUUGAGGGUUAGGUUUACUUCUACAAAAUGGGUAAAAUUAGGAAAUCUAAACCUCCUAGAGCGAAAAGGAGUUUGGCAGCGGAUAAUAGUGAUGAGGAAGAGCAACUGCCUGUUGACAACAAAGAAAAUGCCAUUCAAACUAUACUAGAUCAGUUACAGGGUGCUGAUAUUGAAGAAAAAUACUGUGGUCUACAAACUUUUGCUAUGCUAAUAGAGAACCCAGAAAACAUACCACAGAUUAUAAAUCGAGGAUUAGUUAAAGUCGCAGCUCCAUUGUUGCUUGAUCCAGCCAGUUCUGUGAGGAAUGCAGCAGCUGGUGCAUUACGAAAUUUGUCUACAGUUGCCAUGGAAACCUGUGAUGCUAUGAUGGAGCAAGACGUUAUGACUCCAGUGACAUGCUAUUUCCAUGAGCAUGCUGAAAGUUGGGUGCCUGAUCCAAAUUCUAAAACAAAAGAUGAAGAUAGCGAUACAUUUAUCCAGUGUGUCAAUUUACUGUUGAAUUUGUGCGAAAGUUCUGAUCUUGCAGUAAAAUACCUGGGCCAGUCUAGAAUAUUAGAUAUCCUCCCUCGUUACUUAGAUCUUGGCACCUUCUCCAGUGAAAUAGUGACAGCAGUUUUACAAUGUCUGUUUGUUGUUGUGGAAGACAAUCCGGCAGCAAUGAAUAAAAUAAAGUCUAAUGCUGAAAAGCAACUGGAAACUUUGUUGGGACUAGAGGGCACUGAUCCUUCAGUACUACUAGUAAAAACGCUAGCAGCAGGAGUGAUUAUCAACACAUGUGGCGGCAAUAUAACUACAUUGCCAGUUGAUGUAAUUCGGAGAAUAAUGACUAUUCUAGCUAAUACUCUGUCUGUAGACCACAGGCUCAUCUGUAGUCAGCUUUCUAGUAAUGUGCCUUUGAGUGACGGUUCUGGGAAAGUUGAAGCACCUAAAGGAAAAGCAGCACAACAGUUAGAUAGUCAGAUACAAUCUGUGACACAAAUGUUAACAGCCCAACAAAGUUCCAUAGAAAUUAUUGCCAAUAUUUGUUCAUGUGAAGGUAAGGACAUUCUAAUACAAUUUAUAUUUGCUUACAAUACAAGAUAUGGUGUAGGUUUAAUGCAUAUAAAUAUUUAUCCUGCAGAUGGUGAUGAUCAAGGCAAUGAUUCCUCUGAAAGUGAUGAAGCUGAUGAAGAACUUUGUGAGAAUGGUGAUGAAGGUGUUCUUGCAGAAGAUAAACUACCACCUGAAAUGAUGGAAGCUUUUAUUUCAUUGGAAGUAUUUGAUAAAGUUUGGGCUAGAACACAAUUGCCCGCACAGAAUGUUAUGUUAAUAUUGAAGGAGUAUGAUGGAUCACAAUUGAUUUACAAGAGAUUACUAAGCUUACAAACUCGAGCACUUCUGUGUAUAAAUAAUCUGUUAUCCACACUUCCUAUUGAAAACCUUGGUGGUGUGAAUGGUGUCUAUAAAAUUUGGGUGGAUACAGGAAAAUUAGCAUUCAAGCAAGACCCGGAAAAUGAAAAUCUAGCAGAAUCAGCUACAGCAGUCAUGAGAGCAGCUUUAGAUAAGAUCAAGUUUAGAGAUAGUGGGAACAGCAAUGACUGUAACUUGUUCAGUGAUCUGGCUUUAUCAGAUAUUGAGCUAAUGCUUACAGGUAUUAAGGAAUGUCAAGUGCCAGAGAUAAGGUCGAACCUAAUCCGCAUGGUUGGGAUUCUGGCUUUACUGUUAGUCAAUAAUCUGAAUGACGUCACUAGCAACGUUAUAUGUACCAUAACAGAGUUUAUAUUAGAACAAGCACAUAAGGAGAAUGAAGUCUGGGUUCUGGCUGAAGCAAUAGACACUCUUGUUGAUGUUUACUCUGAAGAUGAAACUGAUGUUUUAGCAGCUAAAGUUAAAUUGACUGAUAAAUUGGCCAUUCUAGCACCAAUACUCAAAAAUAAGGCAAGGCAACAGAAAAGGCUUCCAAAAGAAUACAAGGUCCUUGUCAGCACUGCAACAUCAAACUUACCCAGAUUCAUCAAGUAUAAGAAGGAUAGAAUAAGUAGAUUAUAAGCGUUUGUCGUAAUAGUAAGUAUCAAUAUGUUGAUAUAUUUCAAAUAUUCUAUGUUGUAUCCACUGAUAUGCAUAUUAUUAUAUUUUUACAAGACAUAUUA